AGGAUCUUGGGAAGGGCGCAGGGCCAUGGCCGUGCAGCAAGAUGGCGGCGCCCACGGUGAGGGUGUGAGGCGCUGCCGCGCCAGGGAGAGCUCUGGGGCUUUUUUUUCCAGCCGCAGCGAGUUCUUCUGGGGAAAAAUCCGAGCUUUCUGCCCUUGUGUGCCUCCGGGGGCGGGCGGGCAUCGGCACCGGGCUUCAGCAGCGCUGGUGCCGCCGCUGCUUCUGUGCCUGUGUUACUGCUCCCGAGCGCUGUCACUGUCGUGUGUAAGGGAAGUUAUGAUGUCCGUGGUACAUCGUCUGACAGUGGGAUGGCUUGUGGAUCAUCUCUCUUUCAUCAACCAGUGUGGCUAUGAGAUCUGUGACUCCUUUGCAUGCCCUGGUGGUGUCACUCUCAAUACUUCUGUCACGUCUACUGAAGACUGUCAUGGUUCUUCUACCUUUGUUGCCACCUCCUCAUCAAGCAGUGGUCCUACUCAUAGCCCUGAGAACGCCAUAGAAACAGAAGGUAAAACAGCAAAAAUGAGAUAUGUGUUUCGAGAGGAGUUCUUUGACAUUUCUAAGCCCCAUAUAGUUGCACCUCCUGAGGAGCAGCUAUGUCAGGGGUGCCCUGAGAUGAGUCUGACAGAAAUAAAGGUCAGCAGUAACAGAGAGGAACGCCAGGAAGGAACAAAGAGUGGUGUUGAAGAUUCUGUUGCCAGUGCUAUGAAGAAACGUAAAAGGAAAUGUUUAUUCAACCAAGGUGAACUGGAUGCUUUGGAAUACCAUUCAAAGGUCAGGAAGCUGAUUUGGGAAGGCACUUUGCGUUUAGUCCAAGAAGGACUCAAAAGUGGUUUUCUUCACCAAAGGACUGCAGAACUCAGUUGCAGGAAGAAUAAUGUUCCUGUUGUCUGUGGGUUGGCUGAAUUAUGUGAAAUGGCAAAGCAGUUUCCAGCUGUGAAUGAAGGUGACCAUCAGGCUGUGUAUGUGCUAGAGGAUGAAACCUCCAGUCCAGAGCAGGACCUGCUUUCGUGUGUUGCAGAAAACACCUCAAACCAUGCGAAGAUAAUUGUGUUAAUGGGGCAGAAGUACUUGGUGCCACCAAAAAGCAGCUUCCUUUUAUCUGAUAUUUCAUGUUUACAGCCCCUGCUGAACUACAAAAAAAAAUACGAUGUAAUUGUGAUUGAUCCACCAUGGGAGAACAAGUCUGUUAAAAGGAGCAACAGGUACAGCCACUUGUCUUCAUGGCAAAUCAAGCAGAUUCCUGUACCAACACUAGCUGCUCCAAAUUGUCUUGUAGUCACAUGGGUGACUAAUAGACAGAAGCACUUGCAUUUUGUUAAGGACGAACUCUAUCCUCACUGGUCAGUGAAGACACUUGCUGAGUGGCACUGGGUAAAAAUUACUAGGGCUGGAGAAUUUGUAUUGCCUUUGGAUUCUUUGCACAAAAAGCCCUAUGAAGUUCUUGUAUUGGGGAGAGUUCAAGGAGAUGUAAAGGAAGCCUUAAGGAAAUCUGAAGGUGUACUUCCAAUUCCAGAACAUAAGUUAAUUGUCAGCACACCCUGCACUCUGCAUUCACAUAAACCUCCUCUUACUGGAGCAAUCCAUGAUCUGAUCAGCUGGGGUCUCACACAGGCAGUAUGUGACAGUCAGACUUCCUACAAAGAGUCAGAACUUGGAUUGCACCAAAUAAACCAAGAAAAAGCAUUCCCUCUCAUACUUUGGUGUAUGCUGAUUGGAUGUGUAUGCUGCAGUUCUGGCAGAGUUUAUCAAACCAGAUGUGGAAUGCUUGGAGCUGUUUGCUCGCAACCUGCAGCCUGGCUGGACCAGCUGGGGAAACGAGGUCCUGAAGUUUCAGCACAUUGAUUAUUUCACUCUUUUGCAGAAGGAAAACUGAACUGGGCCUUACACAUCUAUAUCUUCUGAAAUUCUGUGCCUUUCCAGGGUGAAUUUUAUUCUGAUGGUUAUUACUGAUGGUUCACUUAAAGGUGACAGAAAUAAAACCAAUCGCAUUUCAAUUACUCAAAAUAAGUAAAUAAUGUAACACUGAAAGUAGUUACCAGGGAAAAUAUUUCUCGCUGCAUGAUUUUAUUUAGUCUGCGUUUUAAACUGUCAGUACCUAAUUCUUGAGGUGACAGGAUAUCUGUUUAAUGAUAUCUCCAUUUGUAUGUGGUGGUCCUUAUUUUGAUGACCUGAAAAUAUUUAAAUACUGAUGUUGGAAUGCAAGUUCAUUCCCAUUUUUUUUUUCAAACCUCAAGGAAAAGAUUCUUAAAGUAUUCUCACUGCAGAUAUUAAAUCUGAGCUAAUAACACGUCACAAGUGCUAUAUUGUAGCACUUGUAUUAUUUUUAAAGAAUGACAAUGACUCUUUAAGGAGUGUCAGUGGGAGUAAAGAGUUCUGAAUUAUGCAUGUUUUCUUAAAGAAGACUGUUUUUUUGCAAAACAAUGGAUUUUGAACUAAAAUAGUUACGAAGGCAGCGUAUCCUCCCACAUGUUUGUAUCUGUCUGUCUAUCUCAGAAGAAAUAAAAGGAGCAGUGCUUGUGUUAAUUGGCACAUGAAUUUUUGGCUGACCACAUUCUAUGUAAAAUUAUACUUUUACAACUGCUGGCAAUUAUAUCUUUCUGUAUAUAGUGUUAAUUUUUGAACACAUUGUAAAUGAUCGGUCUCAAUGUCUUAUGAAUUCUGACCUUUUAACAGAUUAUAUGUAUUUUUAAAAUUAUCCUUCCUUAUGUUCUUGGAACAUUAAAAAGCCACGCCAGUGAGCUGUAUUUUUCAGCUAACAUAAAGAUGACCCUUCUUUUUUUUUUUUUUGUUUUUGUUAAAAGAAUGAUACACUUUGUGUGUCCUUUGCUGUGCUUAGAUUUGUUUAGAAAAAUAAAAAAGAAAAUGUAA